AUGCGGUCGCGCAGGUUUAAUGUGAAUGAGUCGGUCGUGUUGCGCGCAGCGCUGGAGGGCGACACGGUGACCCUCCAGCGAGCAGCUGUAGUCUCUUCCUCCGAGACUACGUGCUUGGAUGCGCUGGUGGAGGCGGUUGAAACCGGCCAGGACGACUCGACGCUGGAGCUGUUGAACCACUUGGGGGUCCCCAUCAAGGGCAGCGGCGAGAAAGUCACUACGUUGGAGAGGUAUACCUCUGAGACCAUGGCAGCGUUGCAAGCUGCGGUGACCGCUGGGCAUGUGGAGAAGGUGCUGACAUUGCUACCUCGAUGCGAUCUUAACGACCAUGAUGAGGAGACGUGGAUGCUGCUCUGCAGCGCUAGCGAUCGUGGCAACGUAUUAAACCUCCUGCUUCAAGCACUCGAUCUCAACAAAACACUCGAGGUACUGUACACGACGGCUCGACACUCCUCCACCGAAGCAAUUUCCAGUCAAAAUGAACCGGUCGUGGAGUGGCUUCUGCGCCAGCAAUCGAUCGAUGUCAACUACCCAAACAAGGACGGGAAUACGCCUUUGUAUGUAGCGUGUGACCUCAUGCACUCGACGAUCGUGUCGCUGCUACUCCGCCACCCGUUCAUUGACCCCAACAAGCCAUCUGGCAACGACGGACGCACACCGCUGUACAAUACGUUCUACAAGGCCGACGGGGAGACUGCAACUUUGUUAUUGCAGCACCCAUCAACCAACGUCGCCCAGCCAACUCACGACGGCGCAACGUGCAUGGACGAGGCGUGUUACGGGUACUUAUCUCGCCAAACCAAAGGUCGGAUGCUGGACUUGCUUGUCCAGUACAUUCCGGUUGAUAAGAGCUUGGAGGACCAAAAUUGGCGGUCUCUGCUGCUCAAAGCGUGUGCGCUGGACUUGGUGGACAUGGUUCAGAUGCUGUGGACUGUCACUGAUAUCAACCGAGCCAUCCACAAGGACGGGACCACUCCGCUGUUCCUCUUCUGCCAACAAGGACAAAUCGACCUCGUGCGGCUGCUCCUGCUCCAGCCAUCACUUGACGUCAACACGAAAAAAGCCAGCGACGGAAUGGGACCGCUGCAUGUGGCGGCCGAGCGCGGGCAUGCAGCGGUCGUGGCAGAACUAGUCGUGUGGGGGCUCCAUCACGACAAAGAUAAGAAAGGGCGGACGGCGUUGGAGAUUGCCCACGAGUUCCGAAACACGGACGCCCUCCAAGUGCUGGUGGAGUGCCAGGCCGCGGUCACCGCCCUGCACGAGAUCCUCGACAACGGAUGGGACUGGGACCACCGCUCCACAAUGGACGGCACGACCCCGCUGUAUAUUGCGUGCCAGAACGGCCAUGCCGAGAUUGUGCAGCUGGUGCUGCUCCACCCUACCGUGCUAGUGAACCACCGCACCAAUGACCAACUUAUGACGCCGCUGUAUGUCGCUUGCGAGAAAGGACAUGUGGAGGUCGUGCGACGGUUGCUCCUUCACGCAACGCUGGACAUCAACCUCCCCAGCACGGAUGGCGACACGCCUCUGAUUGUCGCGUCCAAGAGGAACCGGUUGGAGAUUGUCGCGUUGUUGUUAAAGGCAGACGCGGAUCGAACGAUGACCAACUGUGACGGAAUGGGACCGCUGCAUGUGGCGGCCGAGCGCGGGCAUGCAGCGGUCGUGGCAGAACUAGUCGUGUGGGGGCUCCAUCACGACAAAGAUAAGAACGGCAUGACGAUCUUGAUGCUGGCGGCACGACGGGGUAACCUCAACAUCGUCCAACGCGCCAUCGAAGCUGGGACCGACUCCACAUUGCAAGACCACAAUGGCAACACCGGUCUCAUUUGGGCAGCUCGGCAUGGGUAUUUGAAGAUUGUGCGUCUCUUGGUGGUGGGUUAUAAUCCCAAGCUCGAAAUCCGCGGCGAAUUCCACCGCACGGCGUUGGACUGGGCAUUGGAUGCCGCCCAUUUUGAAGUCGCGUUGUACUUGAUUGGUCAAGGAGCCGAGUGGAACGUCAUCUGGCAGGGCAAGCCGUUGAUCCAAACCCUAGCUCCUCACCUAACCGACUCGUACGUGGCCGCGACGAUGCUGCUGCGCGACCUGCCUCUUCAGGUCGUAGACGGCCUCGUCGUGGGCAGGAUCGGCCACUCGUUCACGUGGACGACGUUCUUGGACCCGUCGCUGCCGGUGGACCCGCGGGUGCGCGCCAAGGCGGUUGUGUCCGUGCUCUCUCACCGCACGUUCCGGACGGCGACACGCAUCAGAGACGUGUACGCAGGCCUGGCGACUGCCGCCGACCGCCACGGCCGCCUCGUUCGCCUCGUUAUCCAGGCGUGCGACGCCCACAUCCGGACCAUCUUCCGGGACCGGCUGUACUUUUGCAAACGGUUCGAGCUCUUCGACGGCCCGCCCAUCCACAUAAGUCCCUCCGCCGUGGUGAUAUAUGCGUACGAUCAUGGGCUGGGCGGCCAAGUGUUUGACGAGUAUGCAGAUGACGACGGAACUCUGGACGAGGCCGCGUUCAUCCAGUGUAACCAGGUGCUAGGACGCGAGUCUACGGAUCGCCAGGCCAAGCACGAGGACUCGGAGUGGAAGCAAUGGCACGCCGAGUUUGCAUUGUGGGACAAGGACGGCAACGGGGCGCUGACAAAGUCCGAGUUUCUCACGUUUUGCCAUCAGAGUUUUGGCGGCAAGGUCAAAGUGGCAAUGAAGUUUAUGAAACACCAGGACGAGUACACGCGGGAAGUCCAGACCCGACAACAGAUGGAGCUGCAAAGUCACGCUUCAGCUGGGAGCAUGCUGCUGCGAUUGCUGCCGACCGUAUCCCCCCAAGUGUUUGCCCAGCAUGUGACAACGCUCACGGUCCACGACAAGUCCAUGGCUGAGUACGGGUUUGUGCUGGUCAUGCCGCCGGCCGAUCGGAGUCUGGACGACAUCGCAGCCAAGGAGCGACCUAGUGCGACGUUGGUGCAGAGCAUGCUCAGGGACGUGGUCGUGGGGCUGCAGCACAUGCACAACGCGGGGCUCGUGCACGGCGACGUGAAGAAACUGAACGUACUCAGGGUGCACAACCAGUUGAAACUGAUCGACUUUGACGCUACGACCGAGCAAGGGAUGCCAGUGGGCGUCAAGACCAGCUCGGGGAUCCUCCCUCCAGAACUGUUUUACAGGUACCGCCCAAGUCCACACGACAGAGCCAUGUCCGAAGCAUAUAGUCACGGGGGGGGGGCGUCGUCGUCGGAGGUCGUUGCUGGGAAACGAUCGCCGCAAUAUGUUGUUCGGUCGUUCGUAUUUGGUCGGCCGGACGAAACGCCAUAUGAUUUGGUCCCAGCGGCGCCGUCGCUCGACAUGUGGUCGUUCGGGUGCAUGCUGUACGAGAUGGUGACGGGCGUCGAGUUGUUUCCCACCGAUGUCAACCAGAACGUCGUCGCAGAUUACAUUGAGACAGCGGCCAACUGGACGGACAAGCAGCUGGAGGCCAGAAUUCGAGCGAAUGUGGGUGUGGGCCACGACAAGGCGGUGGACCUGCUGCUGCAUCUGCUGGUCGUGGACCCAACCAAACGGUGGAGCGCGAGUCAAGUGCUGAUGCAUCCGUACUUCACGGGCCGCGAUCUCACCCUUGUGACCAGUUGCAGUAUACUCGACCAACUGCACGAGUUAGUACAAGUUCAACAUACCGUGCAAACCCACCACGACGAGAUGGCGGUGGAGCUGCACGACCAAGCCUCGAACGACCUGACGCAUCACCUGAUGACACUGCACGACGACGCCACGACGAGCCUCCUCACAGGGCUGUUUGCAGCACAGGAAGAUGGGGACGUCCCGACUUCGUUUGUGGUGCUGCCGUUUGAGUUGAACCAGUCCGAAGGGUCCGAGAGAUUUGGGAAGCCUUUGGAGGUUGCUCCGAAGGCGGACGAUCGCGGGGCAGAGGCGACUCCCCUUCCACGAGCGUCCAUGUUUGUGUAUCUGGUGGACGAAAGCACUGGCCAAGUGGUGAUUCCAACUGAAAAUGACGACGACGUGUACCCUAUCCAUGUGACGGUCUCCAACCACGGUUGUAAAUGGCUCCAGCAAGUGUUUCAAGGGCUAGCCAAAGCGUCGGACUGGGUCGGGUGGACAGACGACGUCAAGAGCUGGCUUCCCGAAGGGGAAGAUGGAAGUGACCCAACCAAGUGUGAUGCGGUGGGCAGGGCUAUGCUGAGUGGUGGAGUUGGAGACCAAGUUGUUCGAGUACACGGGGCGGCGCUGCGAGAGUGGAAGCAAUUUCUGGACCAGCACGACCCCAACCAUACGUUCUGCAACCUCCACCGCACGUUGACACCUGACGGACGGAUUGUGUGGACGACAACCCCACAGACUCCAUAA